AUGGCUUUCAAUAAAUUCUUUGUCAUAAUUUUAGUGCUCUCUUUUGUUUCUUACUCAUCAUUCACCGAGGUUAAUGGUUCUCCAUCUUCACCAAGCUCAGCACCUUCAAAUACGGCUGUUUCACCAUCCCAAAGUCAAUGUCCCAUAGACACCUCAAAGUUAGGGGUAUGUUGUAUUGCUUUAGGAAGGAUUAUUAUCACCAAUUUUCGUUCGGAUGAUAAUAACUGUUGUGAAUUAAUCGAUGGUUUGGCUGAUUUGGAGGCUGCAACAUGUCUCUGUAUCACACUUAAAGCUAAAGCGGCCGUGCUUGGAAAAAAAUUUGAUAUAACUAACGACAUUGGCGUGAUCCUUAAUACUUGCCAAAAAACUAUUCCUCCGGAAUAUAAAUGUGUCUAA